AGUGGAGCAGUGAAGCUCUUCCAAAUCAGUCAAACGCAUUGAAUUCCGAGACGCAAGUGCUUUUUUGAUGUGAAAUCGUUACGAUAUUUAAAAACAUAAAAGGGAAACAGAAAAGCUCGCGCCGAGAACAUUGUUAACUAUACGGGUAAACGACUACAUUUUACAUAUUGAAUUUGAAAUAAAUGUAUGUAGUGUGACGUGUUGUGGAGCUAAAAAACAACGAAACGCAAAAAAAAAAAAAAAACAAAACAAAUUGUGUUAUGCAUAGAGUUUAAAAUUUGUAGUCAACAUUUUGUCGUGUCUAAAUUAACAGUUCCAUGGUGUGUGUGUAUGGCCGCUGCCGCUGCUGCCCCAUCCUGCUGUGCAUAACUAUAGACAAACAUUUCAACAUACAUAUUUAGUUGCCAAAACUAAACAUGAUGCUGGACGAUGACAACUCAGAUCUGCUGGUCUGCGCCACAGAAAUGCAAGCAGAUCGCUUGUAUUUUGGUUUUAAAAAGAACAUCAAGCCAAAGAAUACGGUCAAUACACAUUAUUUUAACAUCGAUGAUGAGUUUGUCUAUGAGAAUUUUUACAACGAUUUUGGGCCGCUUAACUUAUGCAUGCUAUAUAGAUACUGCAUGAAGCUCAACACCAAAUUGAGUGCCAAGAGUCACGCAAACAAGAAAAUCGUGCACUACACCUCCAUGAAUCCGGCGAAGCGCCUUAACGCAGCCUAUCUGAUUGGUUCGUAUGCAAUAAUCUAUUUGAACAAAACACCAGAGGAGGCCCACAAGCUGCUGGUCGCUGGCGAUAUACCGGCUUAUACGCGCUUCUGUGAUGCCAGCUAUGGGCCCAGCAAUUUCAAGAUCUCGCUGCUCGACUGCCUCAAUGCCAUACAUAAGGGCCUGCAGGCGGGCUUCUUCAGCUUCGAUGACUUUGAUGCAGAAGAGUACGAGUACUUUGAGCGUGUGGAGAACGGUGACUUCAACUGGAUAGUGCCGCAAAAGUUUAUCGCAUUCUGUGGGCCACAUCAGAAGUCGAAAACUCUGCCCAAUGGCUAUCCCUGCCAUGCGCCCGAGCGCUACUUUAGCUACUUUCGCGAUAAUCAUGUAACGACCGUGAUACGUUUGAAUGCUAAAGUCUAUCAUGCCUCGUCGUUUGAGAAUGCCGGCUUCGAUCAUCGGGAUCUGUUCUUUAUCGAUGGCAGCACGCCCAGCGAUGCGAUACUCAAGAAGUUCUUGUCCAUAUGCGAGACAACCAAGGGAGCCAUUGCGGUGCACUGCAAGGCGGGACUUGGGCGCACUGGCAGUCUCAUUGGUGCCUACAUAAUGAAGCACUAUGGCUUCAGUGCGCUGGAGGCCAUUGCCUGGCUGCGUCUAUGUCGCCCCGGCUCGGUAAUUGGACAUCAGCAGCAAUGGAUGGAGGACAAGCAGAACUGGUUAUGGGCAGAGGGUGAACGCAUGCGGCGACGCUGCUCUUUGCCUAUGCUGCAGCAUAAGUACGGCAUUAACAGUCUGGAGCUAAAGACUAUGACGGCUGAGCGCCAGCAGCAGCUUCAACAGCAGCAACAGCAGCAACAAACAGUGGACAGCAACUUGCAGCAUGUGGAUUUGUUGUUGACACGCGUCAAGGGCAUCUCACAGCGCGUGGACACAAUGCAUUUGCAUGAUCAGGAUACGCUUGAUGGCACCGACGAGGAUCUAUCCGAGCAACAGCCGGAGCCAGAGUCGUAUUACCAAUCCACAGAUGAGGCCAAUUGCAAUGGCAGCGACAACGAUACGGAUACAGUUAGUGCGCCUGCCGAGCAGCCGCCAUCGUCCGCUUACAGCAUCUCUACGCGUAGGCGCAAGUCACCAGCGGGCGCCAAUAAGCCCACAGUCAUAGCCAGCUCCUUGCGCCGUUUGGUAAAUCCCAAUGCCGGCCGCAGUCAGCUGAGCUCAGCGGCAGGCGUGCUGGAGCCUGUGAGCAGCAGCUGCACAGAGAAGAAAUUACGCAAACCCAGCGCAAGUGUCUUUGAGGCAGCACGUCAUACCAUCGCCUCAUCGGUGCGCAUGACGCAAACGGCGCUGGAGAAGAAGCAGGCGCAAACGCAGGGCGAUAAACUCAAUCAGAUCAAAGCGUUGCGGCGUCAUCAUUCGCGCUCCAGCAACAGUGAAACUGAUGCAAAUCUUCGGCAUACGCGCGCUCGUUCUCAGCCCUUUCGGAAUAACAACAAUGUUGUGGCAUUGCCUUUAAAGACCAGCAGUGGCUUGGCCAGCAAUACAAGCACUAUGACCGCAGCACAGCACAUUAACAACAAUAAUAACAACAACAACAACAACAACAAUAAUAAUAGUAUUAAUAGCUCGCUGCAAAGCUUCAACAACAACAACAGCAGCAGCAGCAGCACUAAUAAUAACAACAACAACAAUAAUCUGCUGGCUAGUCGCACACGCAGUCUGGCCAUCUACAGCAAAAGAAUGGAAUUGAAACAUCUACGCAAAGCAGAGCAGCAGCUGGAACAGCAGCCCAAUGCGGCUGAUAAACAGUUGAAACCCUAUGCCACAAUCAGUGAGAGUAAAAUACCCAUUGGUAUUGGUGGCGCCGGCAGCUCGGCCACCAUACCGCCCAUACGCUCCCAUCAUCAUAUGACGCUGCGGGGUCGCUCGCGUAUACGCUACCAGCGGCCUGGUGAGCAGGCUGGCCAGUCUGGGCCAACGUCUCAGGCUUGUACAGUGGCAACGGCGCGUUAUUAUCGCGAUGCGUCUGCCUUACCCACUAGUAGUGCUUUGGGCUCUGGUGGUGCUGGUUGUUAUACUAUAGCUACGCGCUCCUCAUCCGCCACGCUUGAUCUUAACUCCAAUCCGCUGCCAACUUCAAAGAUACCCAAUUUGAACAACAAUCAUAGCAACAACUUGAGUAAUUCACUUUCUUCCACACCUCCCCUAGACACAAGCCGGCUUAGCAUGGCCAUCAAUGGCAACGGGCGUGCCAGCGCCGAGCUGCAGGCCAUACUGGAGCAUAACUUCAAUCUGGGCAGCAAACGGAACAAGCGCUCCCUCAGCUCCACCCGCAUCGAGAAGGACAAGUGUGAUGAGUACAAUACGAAGUUGCUGCGCAAGACGAGUGUAGUGGCCGCUGCAGCAGCCGCUGCGGCAGCUGCAGCAACAGCAGCAACUGCCAGCCAUUUGAUGAAUAAAAACAACAACAACAACAACAGCGGCAGCAGCAGUAAAUAUAGCAGCAAUUGUGGCACGCCUACAACGAGUCUGGGAGGCGGCAGUCUGCGCCAAUCGCGCCGCAUACUCGCCGAAUCCGCAUCUUCAGCUUCCACAUCGGCCUCCAAUUCGGGCAUACCCACACCCACGGCACUUCCAGCAACAACAACAACAACAACAACAACAGCAGCAGCACACUGGCAGCCACGUGGUCUGAGUCGUCUCAGCGCAGUCGAACGCGAUCCACAGCAGCAGCAUCAGCAGCCACAUCAUCUAAAGCUGCGCAAGAAGAUUAGCUACUAAGGCUGGCUGCAACAGUUAUUGCUGCCAUAUAGUAUAUAUAUAUUUUGUAAACAAAUUAUAAUAAUUUUAUUAGUAA